UCUAAGUUACCACUGCGCGGGGACAGGGGAACAAAUCAACCAAUUUCAGGUGUCCAUUUCCGGCGACAAACCUCAAGGAAUUUCUCUCAAAGCAAAAUUAUUGAGAAAGGAAUCGGAAAAUGGCAGCGAUUACGAGUGCAUUGAUAGCAAUAGCAGGAGUUAUACUUGGAUGGAUAGCUAUAGAGAUCGCCUGCAAACCUUGCCUGGAAAAAGGCCGUGAAGCUAUUGAUCGAUCUCUUAAUCCCGAUUACGACCCCGAUGACGAUAUCGUUUCUUCAAAUAUUCGAGCCCCUCUCAACCCUAACCCUAAUCCAGAUCUCCAAAAUCACCAUCCGAACCCCAAGGAUGCUUCUGUUGAAACCUCUGCUUCUUCAAUUCCAGUCAAGAUCAUCUGAUCUCCAUUUAUGCUGCAAAGGAAAAAAAGAAGAUGAUGAUUGGAGUGUGCUUGUAAUUGAGAAUCAUGUAGAAAUGAGAAGCAAGUCCAGUCCAUGGCUCUGCCUUCUUUAAAAUAUAUGAAAUUUGAUGAUAUGUGAGGAUGAAAAUUGCUCAUGUUUCACAUUUUCUAA